AUGAUACGUCAUGUUUAUUCGUUAUGUCUUAAUUAUCCACGUACAAUGUCGUCAUCGUUAAUACGAGGUACGGCUAUCACAACAACGACUGCUGCAAGGGAGGAUGUAGACACUACAUCAAAAAUAGACUCAGACACCUAUUCGAAUGACUCUAAUAAAAAAGCUUCAAGUGAGCGUACAGGAUUAAAAUCGACAGCUGUCGCUUUAUCAGCAGCAACAAUUACUGUCAUCGCGUAUGCUAUAUACCACUUAAAAUUUCAUCGACGUUUUGAUAAUUCUGCUCCAUUAAUCAAUCAACAUCCAGCUGUUGAUAAAAUCGUCGAUUCUUUAACGGAACGUAACAACAGUGAGACAAAGACACAAGUCACCGUAAAAAUGCCAGAUACAGCAACAUUUAAAGCAAGAUUGCUUACAGAAUAUGAAAGAAGUAAAUUAAUUUUCCUACCCGAUGGGAUACAAGAACCAGCACCUAAAUUAGAUAUUCAUUUAGAGGACAAAGUUGAACUAGAACGACCAAAAGAGAUUCAUGAAACAGACGCUUUAAAAUUUGAAGAGAAAUUUUUACGUGCUUAUUUACUAAUCGGUGUUGUGUAUCCAAUGUUUAUAUUGGCAUUAGCAAUUAAAAAAUACGUUUACAUUAACUUAUAUUUAAAAGAAAAUAGAGAUCCUUUGAAAAAACGUCUGUUUCUACUAGAAGCUAAAAUUGAACCAAAUAAAGAUAUUGAGUAUAUUAAAUAUUAUAAAGAUCGACUUCGAACUCAAAUUUUGUUGUUAUGUCUAUCACCAUUAAGUUAUUUCAUUUUCAAAUAUCGACGAAUAUUAUUUAAGCAUUGGUAUAAACAAGAUGAAACAUUUGCAGCCAUUCAAGAAAGUUAA